CAUGUGAAUUUGAAUAAAUUUCUUCUUAACCUAGUGGGCGACCACUUUAAAUUCGUUUAGUGUACGCCAAAUAAUUUUCGGAUCCUUCGAAAAAAAAUUCUUUUAAAAAAAAUUUGUCAAAAGGAUUCUAUUGCUAAUACAAAAUGCCCGAAAAUACACCGAGGCCAUCGGCAAAGUCAUCUUCAAAGCCAUCUGCAAAGCCAGGUACCAAGCCACUGGUCACCAUCAAGCCCAAUAGGCCCGGAGUAGCUCGUCCUCCAUUGCCAACCCAACAUGAUAGGAUUUGGAAAAUAAUGAAGAUGUAACUAAGGUCAAA